AUGAGUCCUCCGAUUUUCCAGAUCAUCAAGCUUUUGUUUGACCCCGACGUGCUGAAGAAGCUCAUUCUCCAGAUGGCGUUGAAGCAGAUCAAGAUGAUCGGCUACGCCAAGGUGUUGGCGGCGCUCUUGGGCGCGGCCAUGGUCGGGGUGCUGAGUUUCAUCAAGAUCCCCCAGAUCCAAAAGAUCGUCAACCCUAAGCUCUUGCUGCAACGGGUGCUGGUGGCCAACGGUUUGUCGCUCCAGCUGCUCACGUUGGAGACUUUCAACCAAUUGGUCCACGUGGUGUUCAACAAGCAGAACAACGUCCCCUUCAUCAACUACGGCGAGUCGUUCUUUUUGGGCAUCCAGAACGCCAUCCUCAUCUUACUUGUGUCGUUCUACCGUAACAAGCAAGUGGCGGAAAUUGAGAGAUUGCCCACGGCGCAAAAGCUUGCCGCUGCCGUCGAAACCGUGGGUAAGCCCGCCGCGAUCAUGGCCGCCGUCGCCAUCUUCAUCAACAAGAUCGCGCCUCCCGGCCUCGUCGACGCCUUGGAAGUGCUCAACAUCCCCAUCUCGGUGUUGGCUAAGGUGCCGCAAAUCCAAAACAACCUGCGUCUCAAGCUGACGGCCCACUUGAGCGACGUCACCAUCCGUGCCAACUUGUUGGGGCUGGUGAUCCGUGUCUACACCACGUUGACCCUGCUCUCGGGCAAGAAGCAACGCGGUAAGGACCUCCGUUCCGACUACGUGUUACUUGCCGGCUACUUGCUGAGCUUGGCGUUGAAUGGUACCUUGGUGUACCAAUCGGUCAUCUACAAGGACAACAAGCCUAAGGACGCUGCCGCCGGCGGUGACGCUAAAACGCAGUAA